AUGUCAGAGCAAGAGGGUAAAAACUCAGACAUUUCUCUGCCUCAAGGUAACAGUGACACUGGAGAAGAGUUAGAAAUUGAAGCUCGCACUCGGAAGCUAACAAGCAAAGGUCGUGAGUAUCAAAUUGAUCUUAAAGAAAAGGGUUUUAGGUCUUGUCUGUCUGCCUGGCGGGCACACACAAAUAAGUUGCAUGUACUUUUGUCUGAUUCUGACAACAUGCAAACAUUGAGAACUCAUAGAGACAUUCUUCAAGCCUCUUUUGAUGAAUUGUCUAGUGUAUUUCUUGAAUUGCAAGAUUUAAAGGAAGAUGUUUCUGAAGAAAUAUCAAAGUUUGAAACCACUGAGAUAAAUCAUCAGCAGCUUAUGCAAUCUAUUGCAGAGCGUAUCAGGGAAAUCGAGAAUCAGCAACUUGAAGGUAGGUCGAAUAGAUCUUCUCAUAGUAAUAGGUCUCGUUUAUCUAGGAGAUCCAAUGUUUCUCAUGUGUCUGAUACAGUUAUUCGUAAGGCUAAAUUGAAAGCUGAACUCAGUACACCUGCCACUAAUAAUGACCCUGACCACUCAAAUGAGAAAGAAAUUGCAAAUUUAGCAAAGGUGCUUGCUGACCAGGUAAGUCUUAGUAGACUACCACCACCUGAACCUACCAUUUUUUAUGGUGAUCCUAUCCAGUUUCCUGCAUGGAAAGCAGCAUUUAAUGCAUUGAUAGAUAAAAGAAAUCUUCCAGAUGAUGCAUAUGAUGAUGCAAGGAAAUUGCUCAAUGAGAGAUAUGGUGAUCCCUUUGUAAUUGCUUCUGCGUUCCGUGAUAAACUCGAAUCUUGGCCAAAAAUUAUGCCUAAAGAUGCCUCUGGGCUGCUUAAAUUUUCAGAUUUCAUGAAACAGUGCCUCACAGCAAUGAACAGUGUUCCAAGUCUUAGUGUGUUGAAUGAUUGCCGUGAAAAUCGAAAACUGUUGUCCAAGCUUCCAGAUUGGUUGAUUGGUAGAUGGAAUAGAAUUGCUGCCACAAUUCAGGAAGAACACAAGGUAUUCCCAUCCUUUAAAGAAUUUGUUAAUUUUGUUUCAAAAGAAGCAAGGAUAGCUUCUGAUCCUGUGACAUCUGUCUUUUCUGUGAAGGGUAAUCUCAGUUCACCCUGUGACAGGGGUAUGAAACUUUCAUCUAAAGAGAACAAGUCUCAAGGUCGUUCAUAUCUGUCACACACACAAGAUACAAAUCGUAGUUCAAGUUCAUUUCCAAACAUUUCUUGUCCGUUAUGUCAAGGGCCACACAAUAUUGAUGUCUGUGCUUCAUUUCUUAAGAAAUCUGUUGUAGACAGAAAAACUUUUAUAAAGGAGAAAAGGCUUUGUUUUGGCUGUUUGCGAAGUGGUCAUGUAUCAAAAAUGUGUAGAAAGCGAAAAACUUGUAACGUCUGUUCGAAAAGUCACCCCACUUCAUUACAUGGUGAUGUAAAACGGAAAGAUUCCCAAAGGGAAAGUGCGUCAGAAUCUACCAAGUCUUCUGACAAAGUUGACACAGAUAAGAGUGCACCUAAACCAAUAAGUUAUUCUGGUGCUGCAUUUUUGAGUAAUGUCUGUCAGUCUAGUAAAUGCUCUAUGAUUCUUCCUGUGUUCAUAUCUCAUUGUGAUAAUCCUGAAAAGGAAUUGCUUGUUUAUGCCUUAUUAGAUACUCAGUCAGACACCACAUUUAUGUUGGACAGUACACGUGAGGCGUUAGGUCUUUCCGGUGUUGAUGUCAAGUUGUCUUUGUCGACCUUACAUGCUGAAAAUAAAACAGUCAGUAGUAAAAGAGUUAAAGGCCUACAGGUAAGAGGUUAUGAUAAUCAGAUACGAAUCUCUCUGCCUAUCGCCUACACAAGGGAAAUUAUGCCAGCCAAUCGUUCCCAUAUCCCAACACCCGAGCAUGCAAGGUGUCUAAGUUUAGAAUGCAUAUCAGACAAAUUAGUGCCAUUAAUGGAGGCUGACAUUGGAUUGUUAAUAGGUUAUAAUUGUCCUCAAGCCUUAGUUCCUAGAGAGGUUAUAACACCAGAUGGUAAUGGUCCUUAUGCUCAAAAGACUGAUUUGGGAUGGACUAUAGUUGGAACUAUAGAUUCUGAUUGUGUUGAAAAUGAUAGUAUUGGGCUAAGUCAUCAUGUUCUCUGUCAUGAAGUUCCUUCAGCUCUAUCAGUGAGUGAUAAUCACAAAAACACGGUCAUGUUUUCUCUGCGUACUAAAGUCAAGGAAGUUGUAUCUAGUGAUAUUUUGCGUGUCCUUGAACAUGAUUUUUGUGAUUUAGGAAUAACUGGCGAUAAGCUUUCUCAGGAAGAUAAACUCUUCUUAUCUAAGCUGUCUGAAAACAUCUGCUUUCAAAAUGGUCAUUACGAAAUGCCACUUCCUUUCAAGGGUAAGGAUCCUGUACUUCCAAAUAAUAAAUCUAUGGCCUUAAAAAGGUUAAAUUCUCUGCGGCAUAGAUUAGAAAGAAAUACAACAUUACGUGAUCAUUAUUUCAACUUUAUGAGAGAUCUUAUUAGCAAUGGUUUUGCGGAAAGGGUCCCAGAUUCAACUGAUAAUGCCAGUGCUUGUACAUGGUUUAUUCCACACCAUGGGGUCUAUCACCCUCAAAAACUGGAUAAAAUUCGUGUUGUAUUUGAUUGUAGUGCGGUAUUUGAAGGUCACAGUCUUAACAUGCAUCUUCUCCAAGGUCCUGAUUUAACUAAUAAGCAAGUAGGAGUUCUUUGUAGGUUUAGAAAGGAGCCUAUUGCGUUGAUGUGUGAUGUUGAGAAAAUGUUUCAUCAGUUCAAGGUUUGUGAGACUCAUAGAGAUUAUCUUAGAUUUCUUUGGUGGGAAGAUGAAAAUCUUGAAAAGAAUCCCUCAGAAUUUAGAAUGACGGUACAUUUGUUUGGAGCAACAUCAUCCCCUGGUUGUGCGAACUUUGGAAUGAAAAGAAUGGCUUCUGAUAAUGAAGAACAGUUUGGUUUUGAAGUUUUAAAGCACUUUUUCUGGACAGAUAGUGAGGUAGUUCUUGGAUAUAUUUGUAAUGAGGCAAGGCGAUUUCAUGUAUUCGUUGCUAAUCGGGUUCAGCAAAUAAAGGAACAUACUAGCCCAGACCAGUGGAAAUAUGUCACUUCUGGUGAAAACCCAGCUGACAUAGCCUCUAGAGGCGUAUCUGUUGUAGAUUUAUCUAAAAAUCCAAUGUGGUUCCAUGGGCCAGAAUUUCUUUGGAAACCAGAAGUAGCUGCUGUAAACACACAAUUUUCAGUGUGUCCUGAUGAUCCAGAAUUGAAAUCUGUUAAAAAUUUGCUAGUUAGUGCAGUGAUACCUAUGUAUAGUUCUUUGUUGGAACGGAUUCAAUAUUUCUCUGACUGGUAUAGGUGUAAGAGAGCAGUAGCAUUAGCACUCCGGUAUAAGACUAAGUUGAUGCAAAAGAUUGGGUUGCAAAACACUUCUGUUAAGACAUUUUCAGCAAUGAAUGGUGCUCUUACUGUUGAAGAAUUGCGAGUAGCAGAAAUUGAAAUCUUUAAGGUUGUGCAGUAUGGUAAUUUCAAAGAAGAGUUUGAUACUUUAAAAACUCAUUCUAUGGUUGGAAUUCCUUCUGAUAGAGCAGAAAAAUCAUUGCGAACUAAAUCUCUUAAAGGAAAGUCUUCCCUUUGCAAAUUAGAUCCAUUUCUUGAUAGUGAUGGUUUGAUUCGCGUAGGUGGUCGUGUUCAACACUCUGAAAUGUCAGAGUUGAUUAAAUUCCCAGUUGUACUCCCUAGAAAAGGUCAUAUUACAGAACUUGUAAUACGGUAUUACCAUGACAAAGUGCAACAUCAAGGUCGAGGAAUGACUACGAAUAUACUCAGAGCUAAUGGACUAUGGAUUUUAGGUUGUAGUUCUGCAGUUACUUGCGUAAUUUCUAAAUGUGUUCUUUGCAGAAAGCUCCGUGGUAUGGUCCAAGGGCAGAAAAUGGCUGACUUACCUCCUGAUCGAUUAGAACCUGCUCCUCCGUUCACAUUUUGCGCUGUAGAUUAUUUUGGUCCCUUCUACAUUAAAGAAGGUAGAAAGGAAUUGAAACGGUAUGGGGUUUUGUUUACAUGUUUAGCAUGUAGGGCGGUUCAUGUUGAAACAGCCACCUCCUUGGAAACAGACUCAUUUAUAAAUUGUUUGCGAAGGUUUAUUGCGAUUAGGGGUUCAAUCCGUCAACUUCGAUCUGAUAGAGGUACUAAUUUUAUAGGUGCGGAAAAUGAAUUGAUGGCUGCGCUUGCUGAACUAGAUAACAACAAGGUUAAGGAUUUUCUUUUGCAGGAGAACUGUGAUUGGUUUGAGUGGAAAAUGAAUGUCCCUGCUGCUAGCCAUAUGGGCGGCGUAUGGGAGCGCCAAAUUAGGUCUAUUAGAAAUGUGAUGACUACUUUGUUACAUACUCAUGGUAAUCAGUUAGAUGACGAUAGUUUAAGAACUUUCUUUUACGAAGCUGCAUCUAUUGUUAACAGUAGACCGCUGACUGUCACUGAUGUAAAUGACCCACUCUCUGUAACACCUCUCACACCUAACCAUUUACUUACCAUGAAAACUAGCAUUAUUCUUCCGCCACCAGGUAACUUCCAGAAGAAUGAUGUGUACUGCAGACGACGUUGGCGUAGAACUCAGUACUUACUAAAUGAGUUUUGGUCACGCUGGCGCAAUGAGUAUUUCCAAAACUUACAGGUACGUAACAAAUGGACAUCUGUAAAGCGUAACAUGUCAGUAGGCGAUAUUGUCCUAAUAAAGGAUGAUAAUUCAGCUAGGAGUGAUUGGAGACUCGGUCGAGUACAUGAGGUAUUGAAAGAACCUGAUGGUCUAGUACGCAAGGUAAGAAUUGCUAUAGGUACACCUAGUCUUACUGCCAAGGGUAAACGCAAUGGUCCUGUCACAUACAUGGAAAGACCGAUACAUAAGUUGAUACUGAUUAAAGAGACCGAGGAAAUCCCUGUCGAGGAGCCUAAGGUACAGUAA